AUGUCAGGGCGAGGCGGUAGAGGCGGGCGUGGCGGCGGACGCGGCGGCUUUAAUCCGCGGUCAGGCACAGUAACAAUUGGCGGCACCGAGCUGAACUGGGAUUUAUCAGGCCUUGAUAUUCAGAAGGGGCCCGCUGAGCGCUUUCCUGAAGCUCCUCCACCUCAAGCGCCUCCACCGACCGCCGACGAAGCCAGAAUAGUGCAACACUUCCUGCAGGUGCGCGAUCGUAUACAUGAGGGUCCUUUCUACACCAUCUUGAACGAUGGCAUGAAGAAUGGCCUCAAGAGGAAAGCCAGCGAGCCUGCGCCGACCGAGGCCUCACUGUUCAACCCAUUCACAGACAAUCAGACGUACUCGGCGAAGUACUUGAAAGUACGGAGAAGAUUGCCGAAGCUCGAUGAGCGACCGUACGUCACGGAACUUUUUCCCGCGGAACUACGACCCACACUUGACGGCAAAAGAGGAGACGGCAAUGCGUCAACCAAGCGAAGGACCCUGGGAGUUAUCAAAGUCAACGCUGUCUCCCAGAUCGAGCGCAUGAUCAAAUUUGAGGAGGGCCGGACCAAUGAAGCGGAGGCUCGUGCUGAGGAAGAAGACGACGAAGAUGAAGAGGAAGAAGCAGAGCAAGAUGACGACAAGCCAGACGCCAUCGAUGAGGAGGACAACUAUUCUGCUGCAUCGAGCGAUUCGGAAGAGUCGGACGACGACUACAAUGCCGAACAAUAUUUCGACAACGGCGAAGACGACGACAUUGACGACGCUGAUCCAUACGAGAACACCCUUGCAAACGCUACCCCAGAAAUUAAAACUCACCAUCAUCGCAAACUCAAUUACAAAGGAAGUGAGCUCAGAAGUUCUUAUCGCCGGCAAGAUACCUGGGAAUCAGAAUACUGA